CUUGUCUUCCAAAGCAUAUAAUCUCCCAUUUAACUUCAAUAAGUCCUCAAAGAAUUUAUAUAGAUACAUGAUGUAUCGGUGUAUAUAUCUUUGAAACUUUUAGCACUUUUACCUUUUGAGUGUAGGGAAUUCAUUCUGUGGUUGCUUCUUUCUCUCUGUCUUUGUUGUACAAAAGAAAGAACCCAUCCAUAAAUAAACAAAAUUCCCAAAGGGGACAAAGAAAAAAAAAAGAAAAGAAAAGUUGAAAAACAAAUAAAGAAACUUGGUAGUGGGAGAAGUUGAAUUUUUGGGAAAAGAGCAUAAUCGAGGUUUUGGUGGGUACUGGUGAAAGAAAGUGGUGGUGUGGUGAUAGUUGUAUUCAAAUGGACGGCAGAUACGGCGGUGGUGGUGGUGGUGGUGGUGGGUGUUUUGAGUUUGAGAGUGGUGGGGUGGUGAUGACAAGAGACCCAAAGCCAAGGCUCAGAUGGACUGCUGAUCUUCAUGAUAGAUUUGUUGAUGCUGUUACUAAACUUGGUGGCCCUGACAAAGCAACUCCUAAAUCGGUGCUGAGAUUGAUGGGAUUAAAGGGGUUGACAUUAUACCAUUUGAAGAGCCAUUUACAGAAGUAUAGACUUGGACAGCAGGCAAAGAAGCAAAACAAUGGUGAUCCCAACAAUGAAAACAGUGGUGAUUCCUAUGAACACUACAAUCUGCAUUCGACAGGCACAAGCUCCAAUUCUUUAAGAGCUAAUCACGAACCAGUAGAUAUACCUAUUGCAGAUGCACUGAUAUGCCAGAUUGAAGCACAAAAAAGGUUACAAGAGCAGUUUGAGGUACAGAAGAAAUUACAAAUGAGAAUAGAAACUCAAGGAAAAUACUUGCAAGGAAUCUUAGAGAAUGCUCAAAAAAGCCUCUCACUUGACAUGAACUCAUCUGGCAAUCUUGAAGCAACACGAGCUGAACUAACCAACUUCAACUUAGCCCUUUCGGAUCUUAUGGACAAUUUAAAUGGAGAAGGAAGGCAAGAGAAUGUUUCUAAAUUUAGCCAUGAUGGGAAGAAGGGACCCACAACAGUAAAGGAAGAAAUGAAGAUCAAAACGGAGGGUGGUGGGGGGUCCAUCAGUUUUGAUUUGAACACAGGAGGUAACUACGACUUCAUUGGCACAAAUCAAGAUUUACUUGCACUUGGGUUUACGAGACAAAACUAGAGAGAAUUGAUAUAUUUAUUGUCCAAUAAUUCAUCUAAAUUUUGUUGAUGCAAACCCAUGGUGAUCAUAUGGUAGAGGGAUGUUUUCAUGGUAGACCAAAGGGUGCAUCAUAUCGAUCAUGUGGUGGUAUAAAUCACUUUUGGAGUUAAUGUGUAGAUUCAUAAUUAAUAUUAACGUGUAUUUUCAGAUCAU